AUAGUAUAGUAUAGUAUAGUAAAAUAUAGUACAGCAUAGUAUUGUAUAUCUAAUAUAAGAGGUAGUACAGUAUUCCAUAGUAUAGUAUAGUAUAGUUUAGUAUAGUAUAGUAUAACAAGUACAAUUUAGUACAGUACAGUAUUGUAUAGUAUAGAAAAAUAUAGUACAAUGUGGUAUUGUAUUGUAGAUCUAAUCUAAUCUAUAGUACAGUAUUCCAUAGUAUCGUAUAGUGUAGUCUAGUAUAGUAUAGUAGAGCACAGUACAGUAUUGUACAGUGUAGUUUAGUGAAGUAUAAUUUAGUACAGUAGUAUAGUAUAGCACAGCAUAGUUCCGUAUAGUAUAGUGUCAUAUAAUUCUGGACAGUAUUGAUAAUAUACUGUACUGCACUACAGUACAGUGCAAGACAUUACAGUACAGUGUAGAUUGAAAUAAUAUAGUAUAUUAUAGCACCAUAUCUUAUAAUAUAGUGUUGUAUAAAAUGUAAUUUUGUGUAACUGAGUGUCUUGAUAUGCACACUUGUGAACAAGAAGCUUUGCAAGGCUCCUUCAGUGUCAUUUGAAUCCAUGAGCCUUUGUAGUAAUUGCAGCCUAUUCAGACUAUUGAUCGAUCGUUCUUUUGACUGGAGAUGUAGCUCCUCCCCCGCGGCGGGACACCCCCCCGCCCUCCUCCUCCCCUGUCUCCCUCCCCCUGUCCUGACUCAGGAUCUCCUCCCUGCCUGCUCCUCCUCUCCUUCAACGCUGACUGCGUGUGAGAACCAGCUGUUCGUGUGAGGAGCACCAUGAGAAAGCAUCUUCACUUCAUCAGCACCUCCGACUGUGGACUAUGAUGGAAACUAAGCAACGCUCCGCACCAGGAUUGAAGACUGACGGAUUUUGACCCCAGUGGACAGUUAGCAGCCGACAAACUCCCAGACUCCACUCAAGGCUUUAAUAAUUAUCAUAACAAAAGGGAGUCGACACAAAACGCCACCCAUAAACGCUGCUGUUGUUCUUCUCCAAGAAACUGACAAACACGUGGUUUGUUUUAAAGGAGCAGAGUCAUGAAAACAACGCAGGGAACUUUCAUUUAUUGGAGUUAACGCUGCAUGCUGUGUUUUGGCCAGUCGGCCUUUUUCCGCUUCAACCAUCCAGAGGAAGCCAUCAAGAUGAAGAGUAUGAUGCCUCAGACAGCAGGAGGAGGGUCCGCUGGGGAUUUCAAUCUGUGUUCAGACAAAGAAAGCUUGGUGAAUGGGAAUCACCAGACCAGUCCCACCCAACUUCCCCCAGUCCAGUCUGAGCACAGUGCCAUUGUCAGCUCUAUUGAGAAGGACCUGCAAGAUAUCAUGGACUCCUUAGUCAUGGAUGAACCUCAACCAACAUCCUCUGAGGCCAAAAAGCCAGCAAGCGUUCAGUCCUUGGCUCACUCGCCGCUGUCUCCAUUAAUCAACGGGGGUGGCCGUUACUUACUCUCCCCUCCCAUCAGUCCCGGAGCAAUGUCUGUUGGGUCUAGCUAUGAGAAUACAUCACCUCCCUUCUCCCCGCUCUCUUCACCAUCAGCAGCCAGCAGUGGGAGCUUUACCAGCCCAUCUCCAGGUGGAGGACCUCAGGAUCAGAGCUCUGCUUUACCUCCAGUGCCUGUACGGUCAUCCAGCUACAACUUCAGCUCUCAGCCACCUGUACCACAGCCAAGGACUUCAAUACCCAACUUAAGCGGCACUGGGGUGGGACUCAAGGUCCAUGACAGUCCUUGUCUGCAAAGGAAAGUUGUGGGAGAAGCAUCUCCCAGCCCAAAGCUCACUCGCAGAGGAAUGGGGCCAGAUGGUUCAGAAAAUCCUAGACAGAUCCAGCUUUUGUCCUCAAAUGAAUCCCUCAGUAGUAGAAGUCUAGUGCCAAGUAGUCCUGGGCUUACCCCCAAAUUUCCCACUGGUCUCUCUGUGUUGCCCUCCAGUCCGAGGACAAAGACUACCACCAUACUUCAGGAGAGGCCUGCCAGCCCUUUUAGGGAGCAGACCAGUUUAUCUGAUAGAUCCCUCACAUCAAGCCCAUCCAGGCAACAUUCUCAACCAUCAAGAUCCUUCCAGACACCUUUGGACCCUGUUGUUCAUAUCAUUCAGGGGUCCCUAUACCAACAGAAUACUCGUACAAUGCAAACUCCUGAGAGCCCACGCAUGGUUAGGAGAAACGUGGAGCUGAAUGGUGGCAAUGGAGCCAGUAGCAGUAUGAGAGAACUUCCCCCUCUAAGUCCUUCCGUAGCACGCAGAGGGAUUCCAGUACUCCCAGGAGCACUCCCAGGAACAGUUCCAAUCCUGAGAACUCCUGAUAGCCCUUCAGGCUUGAAUAAAGUUGUCCCUGAUAGUCCCAGACUUCGACGUAAGACUGGGACCUCAGAAGAAUCAUCGAACAGCAGAGGGAUCCGAGCCCGCAGUCCCUCACCAACAUCUAUGAGCCCAGACGGCGUUCUCAGUGGAGCUGGGGUGCGGAAGCCUACUGUUGGAAAUUCCCUAUCACCUGCCUACAGUCUUGGCUCCCUUUCGGGCUCUUCACCUGUGGCCAGUCCCAGGAGCCACAGAAAGAUAUCGUCUGGUAGACCACAUCCAGGAAUGAGGGAGAGGAAGAACAGCAUCUCAGAGAUUAGUGACAAUGAAGAUGAUCUGUUGGAAUACCAUCGAAGGCAGAGGGAGGAGCGACUGCGAGAACAGGAAAUGGAGAAAUUGGAGAGACAGCGCCUGGAGACCAUCCUCAACCUCUGUGCUGAGUACAACAAAGGGGAGACCCCGACUCUGGACCCCUUGAGCUCCAGAAGGCCUGGUUUCCCUGGUGUACUGUCAGAUGGCCUGGUGAGGAGGCCGUCUCUGGAGAACAUCUUAGGGGGUACGGCCAUGGGCCCUGCACAAAGACAGAGGGAGAGUGAUGAGGAAAACCUGAAGGAGGAGUGUAGCAGCACUGAGAGCACUCAUCAGGAGGUGAGGACAUCUCCUGCUGCAAGCACAUCGUCACCACUGCACAAUGGAGACAAGCAGCAUGAGGACUUGUCCGGCUCAGGCAGCGGGAGUCGACUGGAGCUAGGUUACCUGGAGGAAGAGCGGGUUCACGUUCUGGCUCGAAUCGAUGAGCUGAAAACCCGUCUUACAGAGCUUGAGCAGCAACUCCAGGAGUCAAAACAAGAGGCUGAGAUGGAGCGGGCCUUGCUGCAGGGCGAGAGGCAGGCUGAGCUUGACCAGAUCGAGGCAGAAAGCGACAUCAUCAAUCAGCUGCAGCAGAAGCUGGACGAACUGGAGAGCGCCAUCCAGAGAGAGAAAGACAAGGAGAGGGCUAAUGUUGAGGCUGAGCGCCGAGCCCUGCAGAGUCUCCAGGAGGGUCACGCUGAGCUGAAGAAGCAGCUUCAUAAUUGUCCCGAGUCGCUGCGGGAACAGUUGCAGGAACAGCUCAAGCGGGAUGGGGAUGCUCUGGAAACAGGAACCAAAAAGUUUGAGGACUUGGAGUUUCAACAGCUGGAGAGAGAGAGCAGCUUGGAGGAGGAGCGAGAAACCAUGAGUCAGCAGCUUCUGCAGGAAAGAACAGAGUACCAUAACAGUGUUGCUAAAAGGAAGGACAAGGUGUCUGCUCUGGAGAGUCAGGCCAGCCACCUGGGCCUACAGGCCACUCAGGAGUGCGAGCGCCUCACCAAAGACAGGACGCUCACUGUGCAAAUGCUCCAGAAGGAGAAAGAGACACUGACGGCUCUGGAGAAAAGAUACCACAGCUUGAGUGGUGGGAAGAGUUUCCCUAAAUCCUCAACUGCAAUGAGAGAGGACCAUGUCUGUGAGGCUGAGCUGUUAUUAGAGGAGGCCCACUCCUCACAGAGGUCCCUCUGCAGACUCUCUUCUUCCUACUUACAUCCCUCCCCUCUCUGUCAGCUGCUCCCAAGCAGCCCCACAGAGGAGUACAUGAAGCUCUCGGACGUCCAUAAGAUGUACGGCGGAGGCGGCAGAAGCCGCCAUGACAAGCCCAACUCUCAAACUGCCUCCUUUGCUGUAGAUGCUGCAUUAGCUGGCGCCUGCGAGGAGUAUGUGACAGUGGGCCAGUUGAAUCAGAUGUAUGGGAUGCCAAAAGUGGAGUCGUCCCCUACCUCCCCGCUUCGUCAGCCCCUCCAGCCUGGAUCCUUAGACCCCGCCUUCUCCUGCCUCCCCUCUCCUCAUGGCUCCUCCCUGUCUCUCUCUUCGGAGUAUCAGUGCGAGAGCGUCAGGCCUCCGCUUCCCAAGCUGGAUCUAGAGCAGUGGUACCAGGAGCUGAUGGCUGGAUCCAGUCAGCUCUGGUCCCCUCCUCUGCCAGCAAAGACGCUGUCGGCCCGCAGGCCUGCACUGCAGGUCUUCCGUUCCAAACUCGACAGUGAUCCAGGACCAGUGCAUAGUCAGUCCACCUCAGGGUCUUCUUCCCCUCUACAGCACGGAGCUGCAACUCUGGGCCGUAACACUAACUCCAGGAGCCCCCUGCUGUCAGCCAACAGCACGAGCAGUCUGCCCAGGAAUCUGGCCGCCACCCUGCAGAGCAUCGAGGCGAAGAGGCAGCUGGCUCUGCAGCAGAAAGGUCAGCAGGUGAUUGAUGACCAGCGGCGGCGUCUGGCCGAGCUCAAGCAGCGAGCCGCAGCUGAAGCUCAGUGCCAGUGGGAGGCGCUGCAUGGCUCACAGCCUCAGCUCUUCCCUUCCCCUGGAUCCUCGUCCUCCUACUCUCCUGUCAUGGCCUACAGUCCCACCUUGAGCCACGGCUCUGCUGCACCUCCUCCUCUGGUCCACCACUCCAUCCUGCACCAUCAGCCACCGUCAGCUGGAGAGCAGCCGUACGACACCCUCAGCCUGGAGAGCUCCGACAGCAUGGACACCAGCGUGUCCACGGGGAACAACUCCGCCUGCUCUCCGGACAACAUGUCCAGUGUGGGAGGCGUGGACUCUCUGAAGAUCGAGGAGAUGGAGAAGAUGCUGAAGGAGGCACAGCUGGAGAAGGCCAGACUCAUCGAGUUUCGGGAGCGAGAGAGUCUCACCCGCCAUCAGAUGCUGGAGGAGGAGCGGAGGAGGCGCGAGGAGGCGGAGAAGAGGCUGCAGGAUGAAACGCUUCAUCGGCAGCAGCUCGUGGAGAAGGAGGUCAAGAUGAGGGCCAAGAACUUCUCGCAGGCCCGACCCAUGACCCGCUAUCUGCCCAUCAGGAAGGAAGAGUUCGACCUGCGCACGCACGUGGAGACGUCUGGUCACAGCGUGGAGACGUGCUACCACGUCAUCCUCACUGAGAAGAUGUGCAAAGGCUACCUGGUCAAGAUGGGAGGGAAGAUCAAGUCGUGGAAGAAGCGCUGGUUUGUCUUUGACAGACUGAAGAGAACCUUCUCCUACUACGUCGACAAACACGAGACCAAGCUGAAGGGCGUCAUCUACUUCCAGGCCAUAGAGGAGGUCUACUACGACCACCUCCGCAGCGCCACCAAGAAGAGCUUUUUCAACUUGAAUCUGAUCAGCAGCCCAAACCCGUCCCUGACCUUCUGCGUGAAGACCCACGAUCGGCUCUACUACAUGGUGGCGCCCUCUGCUGAGGCCAUGCGCAUCUGGAUGGACGUGAUCGUCACUGGGGCGGAAGGCUACACCCAGUUCAUGAACUGAAGGAGAGCUCACUUCAGACCUGUCUUUAGUCAUCACCACCUUUUUCUUUACUGGAUGGAAAAAAGGGAGCUGACGAUAAACACACACACACACACACACGCCUGUGUAGUUACCAAAACUCUGACAUGGUAGCCUUUCGUUCUCUUUUGCCAAAUAGAGAACUUGUAGUUACACUUUUAUAUUUGCUUUCAAUUUUUUUUACUUGAGAAUUUGCCAAAAUUUUACCAACGUUGGUUCUGAGUCUUGGACUUCCUUUAGGUUGAGUUGUUGAUGAAAGUUUGAAUGGAAAUGUUAUGAGACUGUAAUUUAUUAAGAAAUGAUGAGUCAGCAUUAUCUGAACGCUUACAAGGGACUGGUGCAACUCACGGUCUGAGUGAGGUGGAGGCCAGUGAUGGAAGAAGCGCUUCCUGUCGCGUCUUAAAUACCGGACCUUCCAGUGAACCUGGUCCGGUCUGGAAACAGCGCCACAGCUCACCGUCUUCUAUUUGCCAAGUAGCCUUUUGCCCUGUCUAUGACAUCACUGCCAGCCUGAACGUGACUCCCCCCAUAAUCCCCCCCACACAGGACCAAGCUGGACCACCUUGAGACGAAUGCACCUCAGAACUGUGCCUUGCUCUUACUGACACUGUGUUCAAGUCCAGCACAGACCAACGGGAGAAGAUUUCUUAUUCAGUGUUGUGAUGUCACUCACGCAAAGGACUUGCAUGAAGUUGCGUGUUGAUGUUGGACGUCCCACCAGUUAUCACAUUUGAAGUUCACCGUCAGGAUUCUGGGCAGCAAAGCAGAAAAAAAAUCUUUCUGGAAAGAGUGAAAUGUCAGUUUGAGGGAGGCGUCGGCCACGUCACCACCACCACAGCAGCAGCACAACCACAGCCAUGUAGCAACCUGUCUGCAUUCAAAGAGCAGAAUGUCAAUGUGGUGGAUACACACUGCAGGUGGUGUAAUGUGACACCGAGUUGGACACUCGUCCAUGUCCUGCUCCUCUCCAGACACUACUACACGACCGAGUCAUCAAAAACACUCGAUAUUGACCUGAUAAAACAGAGCUUGCAAUGAAGCAUCAUAUAGACAGAAUGGAAUGUUGAGUUCAGGUCCUCCAACUUCAUAUAGGUUGUGGUUCAGGAAGACAACUGGACAUCAUAUAACAUCAGUGAAGAGGUAUAAUAUUCCAACAUGAAUAGCAAACGAUAGUGAUUGUUGAAAGAGGGUGAAAUUAAUCUUUUCAUUUAUCUCACUUAAAUUCUGGGCCAGAACAAAAGGACGGUUGUUGCAGUGGAGCUCAGUGAAUGAAUGAUCCGUCAUGUUCAGUCAAUUCAGACGCUCAUGAACUCACAGUAGUAGUAGUCACAGUGAAUGGUGAAUCCUUGCUGCCUGAUCAACUUAAACUGGCAACAGGGGUUGUUCAAGAGCAGGUCCUCUGGUGAGCUGGGUCGGUUCCACAUCAUUUUGCCACAUUUUAGUUGAAUUCUCAGGAAAUGCAUCACGUCGCCUCCUCCUCCUCCUCCUGCCGCUGCUGCUGCUGCUCAGGUCUGGCUGCUCGGUCCCACCGAACCGUCUCCAGACCACAUCCACAGAAAUCAAGGUUAUAUUUCAUAGUUUUGGUGCCUGAGAUGUUUAAGAAAACUAUAUGAAAACCUUAAUAUAUAAAUACAUUACUCAACAUUGGAUGUUGAUCUUAGAGAGAGACUUCACGUCACAGUUGUCAUCAGUUUGGAAACAAAGUUGUAAUGUGUAAAGAAGAUGUCUGACUGAAAAAGAAACAGUGUCGUAUGACAAAAAACGAUUUCUACUUAUUUUAGAAACUUUAUUGUCUGUCACUUGUACGAGUGUGAUCCACAGUAGUUGAACACAUCAAUGUUACCAUGCUUACUAUCGUCAUUCUUUUUGGUUUCAUUCACACAGACACGCAGCACUCGGACCACGCUGUUAUUGGUACCUUGUUCAUGUAUGAAUAUGAUGGAUUUUUCUAUAUUAAAACUAUUCCAGA